CCUCCCCGUCCUCACCGCGAUUUUCUCGCUGCCUCUCCCGGUUCCUUCUCUCCGCUUCUCCGAGCGAUGGCUUCCACCCAGCUUGCCUGCGCGCCGCCCUGCGAGCCCAAGUGUCCGCAGCCGCUGGCCAGCAGCACCAACGAGCCCUGCGUGGUGACCUGCGGCGACUCUCGGGUCAUCAUCUACCCCCCUCCCGUGGUGGUCACCUUCCCGGGGCCCAUCCUCACCACGUACCCGCAACAGACCGUGGUGGGAGCCUCGGAGCCCUCGGAGGUGGCCCCGGGCGAGCCCCCGGCGCCGCUGCCCGCGGAGGUGGCGACCAGGCUGGAGGACAAAGUGGCCGCGCCGGUGCUGGCCCGAGCCGAGCCUCGCUGCGCCCCCAAAUAUUCCUACAGCUACUCCUCGCAAUGGACUCAUCCCUGCAACGCCUCCCGCGCCGGGAAGCGCUGGAACUGCUGA